AUGAACUGCAAGGUUCUCGGCGCAAGGCUUGCUGCGAAGCUCCUCGCCGGCGAAAUUUCAAAGGUCACAGGCAUAAAAGACCUCCUCCUGGAUUCUGAACGCCCUCCCAAAACUGAUAAAGAGUCCCCCAAGAAUGACGCCCGCGAAAAUCAGUCGGGCGAGAAACGCGGAAGGAGGCAGGAUGACCGAGGAAACGACAGCAACCGUCGAAGGGUGAGCAUGAUCAUCGGGGGAUCGCAAUUCUAUCGCGAUUCGAUCUCGUCGAUCAAAGCUUAUGGACGGAAGGCUGAGACGAGUUCAAGCUGGCCGGCUCGGUCCCCAACCGACGACGUCUGUAACGAUACGAACGUCUUCGAAGAGCGGGAAACCAUCGGAAUCGACAAACCUCACAGCGACCCAUUGGUUAUCGAUCUGGUAAUCCAAGACCUGGAAGUGGGAAGGAUCUUUAUCGACACGGGAAGCGCAGUCAACGUCAUCUUCCGCGAUACCCUCCGGAGGAUGAACAUCGAACUCGGAGAAGUCGUCCCGGAACCAAAAACUCUCACCGGUUUCUUAGGUGCAACGUCAAUGACCCUCAGAUCAAUCAAACUCCCAGUGAUGGUUAAAGAGGUGACGAAAAUCAUUGACUUCGCGGUAGUCGAUAACCGGGCCAUUUACAAUGUCAUCAUGGGAACUCCUUGGAUCAAUGCCAUGAAAGCGGUACCGUCGACUUACCACCUUGGCAUCAAGUUCCCAACUCCAAACGGUACAGCGGUAAUCUAG